UAGUUUCGUAUCGGCGGAAGACGGAUCGAAAACAUUCGUCGUAGAAGUUCAGUGAACAGAAAACGCCAUUGAUAGAAACUGGACUUAACGUUUAUUAUCAGCAUAUCCUCCUCUUAAAUUAUAAACACAGCAUGAUUAAGCUAUUUUCCCUCAAGCAACAAAAGAAGGAUGGUGAUGCCACCGCAGAGAGAGGGAAAAAAGCAUCGGCUGCUCAGUUAAGAAUCCAUAAAGACAUCAACGAACUGAAUCUUCCAAAGACUUGCCAAGUUGACUUUCCAGACCCAGACGACCUCCUAAACUUCAAACUUAUCAUCUGCCCAGAUGAGGGUUAUUACAGAGGGGGACGAUUUGUGUUCAGUUUCAAGGUGGGUCAGGGUUAUCCUCAUGACCCUCCCAAAGUGAAGUGUGAGACAAUGGUGUACCAUCCAAACAUCGAUCUGGAGGGCAAUGUCUGUCUGAACAUCCUCAGGGAAGACUGGAAGCCUGUCCUCACAAUUAACUCCAUAGUAUAUGGUCUCCAGUAUCUGUUUUUGGAACCAAAUCCUGAAGAUCCUCUAAACAAAGAAGCUGCAGAAGUCCUACAGUCUAACCGGCGCCUUUUUGAGCAGAAUGUUGCAAAGUCCAUGCGUGGGGGGCAUAUAGGUUCUCUCUACUUUGAGCGUUGUUUGAAGUGAAAAGACAAAACAUCAAAUAUAUUAUUCUGCAGAAGAACUGAAACAGUGUUCUCAAAAUGAAACAGGCAAAUAUCCCCCCACCCCUUCCAAAAAAAUGCAGUAUAUAGAUUUACGUUGAAGUACUUGAUAUUUUUUAAAUGAAAUAACAACCAUAGAAGACUAAAGGAAAUAUGACAGGGGAUUGUGCCUGACCUUUUCGUGCCCUUUGGUGGCUUUUUUUAACCAAUGUUUUUAUUUGAUGUUGACAAAAGGGGUAGGGAAUGGGUCUGAAGUAAUAAAAAUAUGCUUUAGUGUUGUCAAUAGUGCCAAGUAACAACAUAAAGUGCUGGGUAACUGAUGUGUGUUCACACUAUGAUGUACAUUGUUUCUGUUCCAAAAGUGAUGUUAAUGUGAAUUUAUGUUUGUUUUAUGUAUAAAAAAAAAUAAUACCUUCCAUUUGUUACCUUGUCAGCCUGCUGUUUUGUAUGCUUAUGCUCUGUUUGUAAAUAACAGAGGAGGGAAAGAUUA